GAUCCAAUUGCAACCUACAAUUUGUAGAUAUUGAACAUCUUUGCUAAGCAAACUUGUGUUAUCUUGAAUUUUACGAAGAAAAGAUGUUUCAACUUAAAAUGUUUACUUUGUUAUUUAUUGGCUUGGCAAUUUUUCAGUUCGCUGGAAAUGUGAAUGCAGCUGGGUCUUCUGGUUCUAAUUACCAUUCAGCCGCGUCUACUAGUUCCAAUUACCAUUCAGCCGCAUCUACUGAUUCUAACUACAAUUCUGCAGAGUCCAGCUACCACGGAUCAGAGUCCACUGUUUCUGAUUACCAUGCAUCCGAGUCUGUUGGUUCCAAUUACCCUGAGGACUCAUCAACAUAUGGUACCUGUCAAUCAUUUGAUAAUGACGAAAAAUCAACAGCUGAUAGUAAACCAUCUACUUUGAGUGUACGAAGUGAAUCAGUACAAAAGCCAUCUACUUCAAGUGAAAGUUCCUCUUCAGAAGCAUCCACAGCAAAUAAUUACGCUAAAGCCAAGCCACGGCCAGCACGUCAACCGAAGAAAUCACACAGUAAAGGUGGCAAAAAAUAGUGAGAACACACAGCUCACUUACGAUAAAUGAAAUCAAUCAAUUCAGCAAAUGAUGAAUUCAACGACAUUUUAUUUAAUUCAAUUCACAUAAAUUUUCAUUUACCAAGAAGAAUCAUUUUUGUAAACCAAAUCAAAUUGAAUAAAUGUCUCUUUUCGCAAAGUCAUUCAAAAAUGCUGGCUUUGCAAUGAAAA